AUGCCACUCCUAUUUUGGCUUCUAUUCCUUCUGGGCAACAGUUGGUGGGCUAUUCUUGAUCGUUUGAGUCUUAAAGAUAGGUUGUUGAGAAUGAGUAUUGUGGUUGACCCCCACUAUGUUUUGUGUGCUAUUCGUUUGGAGUCUAGGAGCCAUCUGUUUUUUGGCUGCUCUUUCUCUUGUUCUAUUUGGGAAAAUAUCUUUGGUCUAUGUGGUUUUGUUAUGCCUAUUUCUGGGUGGGAUCAAGAGCUGCGUUGGGUUUGCUCUCGGUUGAAGGGUAUAUCUUUUCAGGUUUUUAUCCUGAAGAUUGCUCGGUGUAAUCUUAUAUAUUUUGUAUUGGAGGAGCGUAACUACCGAGUGCUUAGGGGUAGAUCUCGGUCUGUUGAUGAUGCUAUGGAGGCUAUUAGGGAGGUUGUAUGUGUUAGAGCUAGAAGCAGGUGUAAUUCUAGCCAUGUAAACUCUAGGCUCUGCGCUGCCUAUGGUAUAUCAUAA